UCUACGCUUCAGUGCCUCGGUCAGCUGUUAUAUCUUGCACUAUUCAUCAGAGAAUUGUUUCAAUUUUAUACUUCUGUUUCACUAACCUUUUCUAUUUCCUGCUCUGUGACGUUGCGACUUGUCUCGUUCUUGGCUACUUCAACGCGAGCACAGCUAACGUUAGCGGAGGUCGCAUUAAGGUUAAUAACGGUCACAGGAAUCAUGAACAGCUUGUCCAAAGUAGAACAAAAAUGCAUAAGUCUGACCCUGAGGCAACUUUGGACAACAACUAUGGCAGCUCCCAAGGUCCGUCUUUCCACACUUCCUCCGGAACCGGUCAUCCCUUCUAAGAAGCCUUUCAAAGUGGAGCUGGUGGGGGGACAGCGUUACGCCUGGUGCACCUGUGGACACAGCAAGAAACAGCCUCUCUGCGACGGAGCCCACAAAACCAAAGGCCAAGGCUUGUCGCCGCUACGCUUUGUCCCCGAGAAAGACGCCACGGUUUGGUUGUGUGGUUGCAAGUACACAAACAACCCACCUUACUGCGACGGCACGCACAAGCAGGACUUCAUCGUGUCUGCCCCACUACAUGAACAAACAGACUCUUGAAAAUGACAGCAGAACUGUCUUUGAACUGAGCAUUCAUGUUGCAGUUGUGUUCCCACUUGGUACAUCAGUGCACGCUGUGAAAGCAGCAGAUGAUCGACUCACGGCUCAUGACAAGUGUUUGAAUCUUGUGUCUCGUCAGUCUCAUCUCGGUGCUUGACGGAGAAGAGUGGUGAC